GGAAGCGCUGCUUUGCGUGGCUGCGUAUGUGUGUGUCUGUCUGUGUGUGUCUCUCUCUGUGGGGAACAUCCCAUCCCUUGAAGAGCGCGGCAAGAUAUGCCGCCUGCCUGCUGCGGAGGCAGCUGCAUCGCCCUCUCUCCGUUGGCUCUGCGGCUGGGGGCAGCCCCUCUCUCCGCCAAAGAAGGAAAAGCACGGCGGGCGCCAAACCUUCCUGAAUAUUUCAUCGCCCCGCCAAACAAAGCCCGCCCUUCGCCGUUUCCUCCUGGAUUGUCCGAACCUCUGUGAAGGAGAGACAGAGAAAAGGAGGAGGUUUGGGAGCCCCUCGUGCAGCCUGACAGGACUAUAAAAUAUCUCGUUCUCUGCACAACUUCGCAGAGAAGAAGAAGUAGGUUGGGAAACGCACUGGGUUUGCUUGCCUGCUUGCUUCCCGCCUCAGUCCAGAUGAAGUAGAGGCUGACUGAGAGAAAAGGCUUUGCCUCCUCGCCGCUGCUUGUUAUCAUGCCUCCCUGAGGCGAAGCCGAGCUCCCUUUGGCGGGAGAGGCAUGUUUUCCGCCGCCUUCGCCUGAAAGCGUCCCCUUGACCUCCAGCCCGGCCGAGGGAGGCGGGCGGCCCGGCGGGCAGCGGUGGCGGCUUCUUCGGCAGCGGCGGCCAUGUGGCCGACGGGGGGCGCGGGGAAGGUGUCCUCCCCGCGGGACUCGGCGCUGCGGAGGGCGGCUUUCUCCGGGAACCUGUCGGCGCUGCCUUCGCACUUGGCGCCCAGCGGGAGGAGCGUCCGGGUCUUCGUCAGCACCAACCCCGAAGAUACAGUAGCAGAAAGAAGUGCAUUACGAGAACAUAUAUAUCCUAAACUGCGGGAAUUCUGCAGGGAAAACUAUGGGCUAGAAUUUCAGGUCAUCGAUUUGUAUUGGGGAGUAGAACCAGAGGAAUGGCAUAGCCCGGAGCUCCAGAAAACCCGCAUGAGGCUAUUAGAAGAUUGCCUGAAAACAUCUGCAGGUCCAUGUUUUGUUGCUUAUUUUUGGCAGUGGCAACAGAUUUUUGCAAGUUUGUCCACUGAUCCUACUGACUCCCAUCACUCACCAGAGAAGUACAUCCGGGGUGGCUCCGUGACCAAACUGGGGAAAAAACCUGCCUCCACCAAAUAUAAGCUGGCAGCAAAAGAUGGGAGGCUUCCUGUCUUUCCCUUGAAAUCAAUGGAAAGAGCCAGCUUCUUCGCACUUCCCCCAUGUGAUGAGGGCCUUUUGGGAGAAAAAUACGGAAGUAUGCGAAUACCAGGAGAAGUGGAAUCAUCAGAAUUUGAAAUGAUUCUGGAUGCUACUGUUGAGGCAAAACUGGAAACAAGGAUUUUGGAAGAGUGGUAUUGCAGAGAUGAGAAUGCAGUGCCACCAACUUAUUAUCUGAAACCAAAAUCUGAAAUGCUGAAGAGCAAUCCCAAUAUGAUGGAAGCAUCCUCAAACCCUGUAAGUGAGACCAAAUGGCAGGAGAUAACAGAAGAAAUUAAGAUGAUUAUUAAGACAGCUGUGAAGAUGCUAUAUGAAAAGGGGAAAAUGAAGCACAGUCAAGCAAAGAGAUAUCUUUUUUCUGCUAUCGAAGAUGAAUUUGAUUUUGCAUUAGGAAAACAAACCCCAGCUUUCCUAAAGAAGUGUGUUUGCUACAUACGGAAGAUUGCAAACAUAGAGCGUUUUGUUAAAGUUCCAGAGAUGGAGAAAUACAUGGAUGUUCUUCACACAGGUGGAAAGCAUACACGUGACCCAGAAGCACUUGAGAAACUCAUCAAACUCAGGGAUGAAUUUGUUCCUACCAUUGUAGCAUCAUCAAAUCUGAGAGUCUACACUUCUGUCACCCAUUGUGACAUCAAAUAUGGUUAUACACAAGAAGUGGAGAACCACUACAUUGAAGGGCUUGGCAAACAGUUUUAUGAAGACAUGGUUGAUAUCAUUCAAGCAACUGUGCAACAGAAUUUUGAUAUAGAGACAGACUGGCUCUAUGAUGAAGUCCUUCAACAUUCCUCACUGUGUCGAACCUACUCUUCAUUCUAUGAAUACAAGUGUGAUGCUAGGAAUAUUAUGCACAAAUACAUCCGGCCUAGGAAAAUGGGCCACAUUAACCCUCUUGUCAUAUAUGGAGGACCAUGCACUGGAAAAACCUUCUUAUUAGCAGAAGUUGCAAAGAAGGCUUAUGGUUGGUUGAAGGAAGAAAUGGGACCAGAAUCUGACCCUGUAGUAGUUAUCAGAUUUUUGGGAUCCACUGAGAUGAGUACAGACCUAAGGAACCUGCUUCAAAGUAUUUGUGAACAAUUAGCAAUUAACUAUAGAUGCCUCGUGCAAAAUUAUCCCAAAAAAAUCCACGACCUCCGGGAGUUAUUUAUAAAUCUUUUGAAUGAAUCUACAUUUCAUAGACCUCUGGUUAUGAUAUUUGAUGCUGUGGAGCAGCUGUCAGAUAAUGAUGAUGCCAGAAAACUAUGGUGGCUCCCUAUUCAUUUGCCCCGUUCAGUGAGAAUUAUCUUGUCAACACUGCCAAACAAACAUGGAAUCCUGCAAAAAUUGAGGUGCCUUAUACAUAAUGAGGAUAACUACAUUGAAUUGACACCUAGAGACAGGAAGAUGUGUAGUCAAGUUCUCAAGCAACAGUUGCUCCAAGUUAAAAGAAAAGUAACAUCAGGGCAGCAAAUCUAUGUCAAUGAAGCUUUUUCCAGAUGCACACUGCCUAUGUUUGUAAAUUUAACCUUCAGAGAAGUCCAAAAUUGGAGAUCUCACAAAGAUGUUGAUGAGUCUUCUCUCUGUGUGACUGUUCAUGAUAGUAUAGAACAAAUGUUCUGGUCAGUAGAAAACAACUGUGGACCCAGACUUGCCUCACGUGCCAUUGGUUACAUCACCAUGUCCAAGUCUGGUCUCAGUGAAAUGGAACUGGAAGACAUUUUGGCUCUUGAUAACACAGUUAUGUUCGAACUAAAUGACAGCAUCAGGCAUCACAACCCAUUGAGAGUUCCUUACAUUUAUAUUGCACGACUGAAAGAAGGACUAACUGGAUACUUAAUGGAAAGGCAAGUUAAAAAUGUUACCCUUUUAGUAUGGGCAAACAGGCAUCUACAACUUAUUGCCCAAAAGAUGUAUCUUCAUAAUGAAGAAGAUGUUCAUGAAAUGCAUACAGUGAUGGCUGAAUAUUUCCUGGGUGUUUGGUCGGGAGGUAGAAGGAAGUCUCUUUACAAUGAAGACCAGUACCUGAAUGGUUGCCUUGAUAGUGACAGUAGGAGCAUGAAUGAUGAAGAAAAACAUAUAAUGGAUCAGACCAAUUUUGAUAGGCAGUCACCUGAUCAGCCUUGGGUAUUCCAGUGUAACCCUCUGGAACCUGACAUCUUUUUUGUCAACCACAGAAAAAUGACAGAACUUUUACACCACUUGACUCAGUGUGGGAAAACAGAUGACAUGCUGUAUGGUGUCAUUAUGAAUUUCAGUUGGUUAUAUACUAUGAUCAAAAUUGGACAGUUUGACAAAGCCCUCUCUGAUGUGGAAUUGGCCUACAACUAUUCACAAGAAAAAGAAUUAAAAUUCCUUGCAAACACACUUCGCGCUAUAAAAUACAAAGUGAUAAAAUAUCCAGGUACCCUCUCUGCUGAAUUACAGCAGAGACUUCUUCCAGUUGUUAGUUCAUUGCCUAAACUGAGACAGCUUCUUCUGGAAUGUGAUAAAGAUGGUCCGAAAUACUGCUCCAUUGUUCCGCUGCAUUCUUCAAUGGAUGUAACUUACAGCCCUGAGAGACUACCGUUGUCUUCCAGUUGCACUCAAGUCACCGAAAUCCUGCCUACCUUUAAUCCAAGUACAGUCAUUGUAGCUCUUGAAAAUGGCUCCAUCAGUACCUGGGAUGUAGAGACUCGUCAGCUAUUACGGCAAAUAACAACAGCUCAGUCAGUAAUCCUGGGCAUGAAACUCUCUAGUGAUGAAAAGUACCUUGUUGUGGCCACAACAAAGAACACACUCUUGAUUUAUGACAACCUAAAUUCCUGCCUUCUGUCUGAGGUAGAGAUUAAGGGAUCAAAGCAUGGUGGAAUUGGUGUAGGUUCCAGUUUUAUAAAUGGGUUUACUCUCUCAAUAAAUCAUGCACUUUCAUGGCUAGAAGCUAGCAAAGACAUUACUGUAAUAGAUCUACUUUAUGGAUGGCCACUUUAUCAAUUCCAUUGCUGGUAUGAAGUGACUUGUGUCCAGUGUUCCCCAGAUGGAAUGUAUGCUUUCUGUGGACAGUACUUGAAUACAGCAUCUAUAUUCCAUUUAGGCAGUGGAGACAAGCUGGCUACUGUGACUUCAGAAUUUUCUGGUGGGUUUGUUAAAUAUCUUCUGGUCCUAGAUACAGCUCAAGAGAUGGUGAUGGUGGACAGUGAAGGUGGUCUUUCCCUUUGGAAUACUGAAGAAAUCACCAACCCCCAACUGACAGAUGACUUUGAUUGCAAGAGGGGAGACAGUGAAUUUAUCAGUAUUGAACUAGCUGAAGACCAAAGUGCGAUUUUAAUAUGUAAGGCACUUAAUAUAGAGCUGCUGGACACUGGCAUGUGGAAAGUUGCUGAAAAGUUUAGAGCUAAACACAAUGAACGCUUUAUAUCAGCUGUGUUGUCCAAAAACGGUGACUGCAUUGUUGCUUCUAUUGAAAAUACCUCUGCCAUUUUUGUUUGGAGGAGAGACACAGGACAGUGUAUGGCAAACUUACAAGAACUCUCAGGAAAUAUUGUCAAAUUAAUUAAGUCAAAUCAUCAUAAUAUGCUGCUCUCCUUAUCUACCAGUGGUGUCCUUUCUAUCUGGGAUAUAGAUAUUAUAACUGCAAUGUCCAAUAUUGACAAAACUGGCAAGCCAAUCCAAAGACUGGUGUUGCCCGCCAAAGGUGAAGUGAUUUACACACUUGAUGGGUCUGAAGUUAUACAUAAGUGGAACUUUGGCACGGGAUUUAUUGAAGCUAUAUUUAAGCAUGAAAGUAUUGUUGAAAAUUGUGUGCUGACUUCCAAUGGAAAGUUGAUGAUUACUUCCGACGACAAAUGCAGUCAGUAUGUAUGGCAAACUGGUUCUGGUGAAAAUCUCUUCCGCAUUAAUGGUCAAAGGAUAAGCCAGUUGCUGAUAACACACAAUGAUCAGUUUGUUGUCUCCCUCUGUGAGCAAAAUGCAUCAAGAGUCUGGAGACUGGCGACAGGCCACAGAGUUUGCAAUAUUCUUGUUGCCUUACAGAAUGCAUUUAUAACCACUGCUAAUACAUUUGUAGUUGGAAUGACAAAAAAUAAAGUGUUGGCAGUGAGUCUCUGGACUGGGAGUAUAACCAAGAAAUUCUGUUGCGAUGAUGGGAUAACUAUUGUUGAUAUCAAACUGAUCCCAGAUUGCCCUGACAUAGUGGUCUUUAUAACAUCAACUGAAACUGUGAACAUCUGGAGUCUUACUGAAGAAGUCAUCUGCAGACGUGUGCAACUCCCCAACACUUUCUUAAAGACUUUAGAGGAUUUUGAAAUAUCACCCAAUGGGAAACUGGGGAUUAUAUCCCGUGGUGAUGAGAAUAUCAAUGUACUUGAUCUUCACAGUGGCAAGCUUCGUGUUGUUCAUGCUUCUGGCAUUAUCUGGAGGCAGAGGCUGUCCCAGGAUGGCCGCUACCUUGUCUACAUUUGUUUUCGUACUGGUGAAGAGGAUGAUGAUAACGGUGCAAUUUCCAUCCUAAUCGUAAUGAGAUUGGCAGAUGGCAAAAAUAUUGGUGCUUGUUCCCUUUAUAAAACUCCAACUUUCCUUGCUCUUUCCCAGAGGCAUUUGAACAUUAUUGUUGGCUUUGAUGAUGGAAGCAUAGGCACUUACACUGUAGUGGAUCGAGUGGAUGCAGCACUGAAAAUUAAAAUUGCUACUUCAAAUAGCCGACAGAUUUUCAACAAUGCAACACAAGUGAUUAAACCGAAGUGUCACAGUUAUAGCUUCAAGGUGACAGCAGAUUGCAUCUGGAGAGAGUCUACAGAAGUGUUUGCAAGAGAUAGUCCAAUUACAGUGACAGACCCAGAGGCAAGUGAAGCAACCCCAACCAAAAAACAUAACUACUGCUAUGACAAAGUGUGUUCUGCCAUAGAUUGCAGAGGGCACGGAUUCACUUCUGACAAUUGAUUAUAUAUAUUUGACAAAACAGUUCAUCAUUCCACACAACAAAUUUCUGUUUAUCUUGUUUGUAUUUUGUUAUAACAAGUUUGAAAAGAGAACAAUUAAAAUGAAUGGGUUGCAAGUUUAAAUAUUCAAAUGUGAAUCUUAAUCCAAGGCCCUUAGCUCAAAAUUUCUAGCAAUAUCAACAUUAUUUUCACAUUACACAAAUUUUUGGAAAUGAUUUUUAAAGCUUUUUUAACAAUAAAUAAAGCUAUGUUUGAGCCUCAAAGCUACGUUUCAUAUUGGAAUGAGGUAAACCAGCCAUUUUUAAAAAAAAAUCAGGUGGCUGUAAGUCUAAAUCUCCAGGUAUCUUGAAAUAGGUACAGCAUGCAAAAAUGGGUUUUAUCCUUCUAAUGGUGCACAUGAUAAGAUGUCACAUGUCGGCCUGGAAGACUUGAUGCAUUCCAUAAACAUUUGAAUUAGUAGCUUCUACUAAUGUGUUAAACAGCUGUUGGAUUGUGCCUCUCCUUUUAAAAAAAUAUUUAUUUAUUUACUUAUUUACAACAUUUAUACCCCGCCCUGAGUCCCCUCGGGUGACAAGGGUGGGGUAUAAAUGUUGUAAAUAAGUAAAUAAAUAAAUAUUUGAAAAAAAGGAGAAGCACAAUCCAACAGCUGUUCAACACAUUUAAGUGUUACUGAUUUGAUUGGAAACAAACACAUCUCACCGGAUUUGACUUUACUCCACUCUGCUUGGAUUGCAUCCACUGAUUCCGCAGAAAUAGGAUAGAAGCCAAACUUUAAAAAUAGCAACAUGUGAGGUAGCUAAUCAGUCAUCUUAUAAUCAAAAACACUUUUACGCAAAUUGUACAUUUGUAUUUGUAUUCCUGUUCUUUUGUUACAAAGGUACAAAUGAUAGGAACUACUAAUUAUCUUAAUCAAGUAAGAAAGGGUCCUAACCCCUGAAAUUGUGUUGUUUUCUGUCUCUUUCACAGUGUAUUUUAGUACUGUGUAUACAAAAAAAAAAUCUUCAAAGAAAAGGGCAUUAGGGAUAAACAGUGACAUCCUCUUCCCACCUCUCAUUCUAUUGUCUCUUUUAUUUUAAAACAGAUAUCUUAAUCCUUCUGUUAUAAGCAAGUCCAUUUUUUAAUCCUUGCUGAAAUCUGAGCAGGAAGCAUUCAGACAUGCUGUGUAUUGCUCUUGAUACUUGUAGUGUUUGCCUUACUGUCAUUCCUGUUAUUUCCUGUGUGAAACACAGAUCAAAUGACCAAAUACUCUGGGACUAACAUUAUGCUUAUGUAUGUGCUGAAAAUUCCAGUUGCCCCAAAGGGUUCUUUACUGUUCCACUUUAUAAUGAAUUUCUUACUUCUAUAUACAGUAUUUAUGCCUCUUCACUUCCUGCUGAAGGACUGUUCAUGGCCUUUUUCUAGUACUUUUAUCAAUUUUAAUGCAAACAUGGUGAAAUAUGGUCCUUUAUUUUUCAUCACUUAGCUCAUUUAGCUGAACCCACUGAUGAACUGAUAAUUUAUACACAUUCUGUCCACAGCUCUAUUAAAGUAAAGUACUUGGGAUUAGGGUGGCUAAUCCUUCCCAUUUGCUUGGGAGAUGCCAAAAACAGGCACCACCAGUGUGAAUGGUUUGCAUGUGUAUUAAUGGGGCAUUCUCCUUCAAAAGACAUGUGUCAAUCACUACAAGUGUAGUUUUAAAUGGAGAUUCAAAAAAAUAGGCCAACACCCCAUUCCUGACAGGAAGUAUUUUGUACAAAAGAAGUACUAUUUCAAAACAUUUUAGUAUGAACAUCUCUGGAAUGCUGAUUUGCAUUCAGGGUCCUUCCAGACAGACCCUAUAUCCCAGGAUCUGAUCCCAGGUUUUUUGUUUAUCCCAGAUUAUCUGGCUGUGCGGACUCAUAUAAUCAAGUCUAAAGCAGAAAACCUGGGAUCAGAUCCUGGAAUAUAGGUCCUGUCUGGAAAGGCCCUCAGAUAUGUAUCAUUCAUUAACUGUAGUGUAAUCACAAACUCAUCAUCACCAACUUAGUCCCAAUUCAAACAACAUUUUUCAAUGCAGAUAUUCCGCUGAGAGUCCUUAAGUGCUCAAUUAUUCUGGAAUGAGAAUCAAACAAUGUACACACAUAUAUGAACCAGCCCUAAGAUUUAGCUGUCAAGUGUUUAUAUGAUAGCAAUACCGGUUCCACCUCAGUGUCAGAAACUACAACAUGAAGUUGACAUUGCAUACGAAUUUAAUGCUGGCUUUACAAGCAGAUACAUAGAGUUUGGUAUUACAAGAUCAUAAUGUCAUUUGACUUAUGUGCAGGUACUUUAGUUUAGUCUGAGCUGUGGGAUUACUUCACUACUUAUUUUAAACAUGGCAUGUCCUUGACAUAUGUUUCAAAGGAUACAAAGUCAACAGAUUUCCUUUUCUUUUUAAUAGUUAACAACCAAACUCUGAGGUUCAAACCACAUAUGAGAUUGAAAGACCUGUUUGUUUAAAGCAGAAUUUUUCCCAGUUGUGUAUAAAGUGACUUGAUUUUGAGAGUGAAAGGCUUUUAUGUAUGGUGAUAUUUAAUCUUCCCUCCCCACAGCCUUUUCCUCCAUACAGCUGAGCCCUCAUCCUGCAUGAGAGAUCAUCAUCUUUGGGAGGGGAGUAAAGCUGUGGAUGUAGACAAGGUUUGGCAUCCCCUAUUAUCCCUUUGCUUUAAAAAUUGGACACACAAAAGCUUCACUUUAUGCACUUUAUUGGGCAGACCUAGGUCUAAUAAAUGGGACUGCCAACGUCUUUUGUGUUUUGAGCCUCAGUGACUGAUUUUCUGACAAAAAUAAGCACCUAAGCUAGCGAAUAACUACAGUGUGUGCAUAUUCUGUGUGAAAGCCAAUGUAGUAUAUAUCAAGUGACUUGAAUGACUUUUCCUAACUUGUUUGCAACCAAUAGAUCAUAUUGAAUGUUUUUAUGUAAACUUUGUAUUGUUGGGGAAGAACUACCCAAUCAGAGAUUUAUAUUUUCAUAAAUGUUCAAUUUAGUUAAAUUUUGUUACAGAGUUGUUAAAUUAGAAAUCUAUUGCUGUCUUCAAACAAUAUACAGUCUUGUGUAUGCAUUGUUUGUAUGAAUAAAUAUAAACUAUAUAAUGAAACAAAUGAAGGCAUUCCAAUUUUAUUGGGAAAUCAUCUUUCCUUCUGGAAUGGGUGGAAUUUCAGUGAUGUUCUCUGCUGCUCUCCAGCUUUGUUGAGCAGUUAUGAGCAAUAUCCAUUCAAUAUAAAAGUGAUUCCCAAGGCUUAUCCACUUCCUGAUAUCGCAUCACAGAUUGAGCCGGGAGUAUUUGUCUCCGUAGAAACAGAGAAUGCCAGCUUCAGCAAUGAGCUAAGUCUGACGACAGAGCUUAUGCUUUUCCCAACUGUGUUAAUGGCUGCUGUUCUGUCCUAUGAUAAAAUGUAGAAUAAUGUGCUUAAGCAGUGCUUUGGAGCUAAACAUGCCCACUGUAUAUGAUAGUAAAGUACCUGACAUCCCUGAGAGAGAUAUACCUUUAGGGAUGCUAUGCAAUGCUUCUCCGUAUGCUUAAUGCAAUACAAGUCAAAAUAUAGACUUCUCACUUGCAGAUACUACUGCAAAAAUGUCUAGAUGGAGAUUUCUGAAGAGGCAGACUAUAAAACGGAAAUGAUUGCUGGUAGACCUAUGUUUAGGCUGAUAGCAGUUGAGUUCAAGGUGAAUGUGAAACAUGGAUUUGUGGAGAGCAAAUCUCUAGGUCAAUACUAAACCAAGGGAUUUUGCUAAUGGGCAGAGCAGCAAAUCAAGUUGCCCCACCACCACCAUCCAAGUGCAUCGUACUGAAAGGUUUAUUUCCAAAAUAGAGUCAUCAUUCCCACAAGAACUCUCCGUUCAUACAGUACAAUGAACAGAGUUGCUACCUGAGAUGACUGCUAUCAUAAUUGUAGGUCAACAGAUACAUUAUCCAGAGUUUCAAAGUAACAAAGACAAAAUUAUAUUCUCCCCCCCCCCCCCUCCUUUAGAAUAUUUCUGGGAAUUACUAUUGUGUUCAGUAUGAUGAUUUUGUGCUGAGAGCUCCCAUUUACAUUGAGAAAUAGCAAAACCUCUUGACACAAUAUUACCACUAGGUGGUGCAAUCGCCUUGAAGACAUUUCCCCCUUGGCCACUUCCCACAUCUUUUUUGUGAUGUCACAAAUAAAAGACCACAUAACUGGAAAUCAACACUCUUCUAUUGUAUUGAUCACUGUUGCAACCAGUCCACAGAUCUGAAUAUAAGGAUAAAUUAAUACUACAUUCCAUAGUUUGUCGCGAUUUCCAUUUUCUCCAUUCAUCAAAGGUGCAUAUUCAGUGGAAAACCAGCAUUUGGCAUUUGUGUCUUGUUUUACUUUUUUUUUAACAAAAUGAAAUUUCUCACAGCUAUGUAGCUAGUAUUGUAAUUCAUACGUGUGGGGAUAGGGUAUCUUUUGCCCAUCUUCGUGAGAAGUCUUCUCUAAAAUAUUCCUAUAAUUUAUUUUGCGAUUACAAAUAAGCAACUAAAGAUUAAAAUGAAUGUGCAAGUUCAUAAUUGAGCCAUCCUUUCAAAAUCAACUCAUAAUAUUUAUUUAUUUACUUACUUCAUUUAUAUCCCAUCUUUCUCACCCUGGAAGGGACUCAAAGUGGCUUACAACUCUGGCAAAAUUCAAUGCCGUAUAAAAACUACAAUAAAAACAGACCCCAACAAACACAUGAGCAGAUAAACACGUAAAGUAAUAAAACAGAAUAAACCUUACAAGUUAAUAAAAUAUAUAUAUAUAGUAAAGGUAAAGGUUUCCCCUGACGUUAAAUCCAGUCGUGUCCAUCUCUGGGGGUUGGUGCUCAUCUCCAUUUCUAAGCCAAAGAGCCGGCGUUGUCCGUAGACACCUCCAAGGUCAUGUGGCCAGCAUGACUGCAUGGAACGCCGUUACCUUCCCACCAGAGCAGUACCUAUUGAUCUACUCACAUAUGCAUGUUUUCGAACUGCUAGGUUGGCAGAAGCUGGAGCUAACAGCGGGCGCUCACUCCGCUCACCGGGUUUGAACCUAGGACCUUUCGGUCUGCAAGUUCAGCAGCUCAGCGCUUUAACACACUGAGCCAGCGGAGGCUCCACAAGUUAAUAUAGAGGCUUUAAAACUUACUUUUCUCCAAUAUAUUUUAAUGACAUUUUUUCUGCGUACUGUAGAAGAUUCAGAAGCAAAUCCUAGGCACUUUUUAUCAAUUUCCUUAAUUGUCAGCACGUUCGUUGAGCUUUGUUUGAAAAGUGAGCCUUAAAAUCACUCAACAUUCACUUGUUGCUUCACACUGGAAAAGAAGAUGGUUCAUGGCAGUCCUUCGGGCACUCUCAUCUCUACCAUUUCUGGGCCAAUUUCAAGUAAUUAUUAUGUUAUUUGACUUCCUUUUUUAAAAAGAUUAAAAAUAUUGGUCACCAUUGUUCUCUAGAACUGGAAACUCUAUGACUCUUAAUUCCAAUUACUAUUCAUUUUUAUCUGUGCUGGGUCCCAUUCAUUUUAAAGCUGAAACUAACUUACCAUCCUUCCUGUCAGUUCUGUAGUAGUAGCAGCACCACCACCAUCAUCAUCAUACAAGUUACACAGAAAGUCGGCUGGGUGCUAAGUGGGAUUGGCUAUGAUGUGGGGCAGCAAGUGGAGAACCCCUCCAUCAGAAUUGACCACAAGCACUUCCACAAGUCAAGCGCUGCCCACCAAAUCUGAUUUUCAGAGCCACACCCGCACUCCACCCUUUGCAUAACCAAAUCUGUUCAGCAGCUCAUCCCACUGUGUUGUAUUUUGGGAAUACAAGGAAAUCUGGCCUUGCCUACUCAGUUGUGUGUGCCUAAAGCAAGAGAAAAUCCAUUGUUUAGAAAACAAUUUAAAAAAAUUAUCCAAAGAAAAGAACCUGAAAAAAAUCAAGAACACUAGUUAUCCAGAUAUUUUUAAUCUCCAUUCCCAGAAUCAGGAACCAUUGAUCAUACUGCAUUGGGCCUCUUGGAGAGAAAGGUCCAAAACACUGCAAAGGACACAAAUCAAGAACCACUGAUCUAAAUGACCAAAUAUAUUAGCCUAUAACCAGUGAUAAAUGGAGGAAAUAGUUUUCCUCCUUCAAAUCCCCCCCCCC